GCAGUGGGGGGAAGCUGAGCAGCCCUCUGGGGCCCAAUCCCGUUUCGACCCUUGCCCGAAAAAGAGUUCGUUAAUCCGUGUUUGAAAGGAGCGGAAAGGGAAGUCAUUUGCAGGAGCUGGCAAUGCUUACGGGGGAGAAAAAAAAUCAGAAGCUCCCUCCCCCAUCCCCAGAGGCACCUGGAUGUGAAUGGAAGUCCCUCCCCUGCACGGAUACGCUCUGCUUUCCUGAGAGGCAAGUUUGUUUUCAAGCGUUAGCCACCUGUGUGAGGCGCUCCCCGUGAGAAAGGCUGCGUGGAAGACGCGAGAGCUCAGCCACAGGCUGGGGAGCCUUUCUUGGUGAGGCUGGCGGUCCAGACACCUGCAGAAGUCAGCGCGCCGAGGAUGCAGAGCCCGCUGUGCCCUCCUUCGUCGCCGGGAGUGUAGCCCCACGUCCUCCAGCCUGGUAUGCUCUGGAGCCGGCUAGCGCUUCCCGAGUUUGCGCGGGGUCCUCGCGGUCCUCUCCCGCCCGCCUCCCCGCCCCCAAAGUACUGCUCCCGCCUCGCUCCGCCCGCGCAGCCCUCGGCGCGCUCAGAGGUUUAUCGGGCUCCCCACACGCUCCGCCGGCUUCCUCCGGCGCCCGGCGUGAGUGACCCGGGCACACCCGCCGCGGCCUCGGAGCCCCCAUCCGAGUCCCUUCUCCCGCUGCCCUGCCGUCGCGCUCCCGGCUCUUCUCCCUGGCGCCGCGGCGCCCACCGCGCUUCAGGUUGAAUCCCGGUUCGACCUGCCUUUUGGCUCAUCCCCGCGCUCAGCCUCACAGCCCGGAGAAGUGGAAUCUGCCCUGAAACUCUCGGUGGCUGGAGCCGGGAGACUGGGCAUGCUCAGAAGCCAGGGCUGGCUUCGGUCUCAAGUAGGAAGCUUUCGCACUCGGGAGGCAGCAGCGACUUUGGGGAAAGUUGAUCGGAGAGGGGAGGACGCCCCAAGACGCGGAGCAGCGGCAGGAAGGAGCCCCCGGCAGGCCGGAGGAGCAUGGGCACCCUGCGGGAUUUACAGUACGCGCUCCAGGAGAAGAUCGAGGAGCUGAGGCAGCGGGAUGCUCUCAUCGACGAGCUGGAGCUGGAGUUGGAUCAGAAGGACGAACUGAUCCAGAAGCUGCAGAACGAGCUGGACAAGUACCGCUCGGUGAUCCGGCCGGCCACCCAGCAGGCGCAGAAGCAGAGCGCGAGCACCUUGCAAGGCGAGCCGCGCACCAAGCGGCAGGCGAUCUCCGCUGAGCCCACCGCCUUCGACAUCCAGGAUCUCAGCCAUGUGACUCUGCCCUUCUACCCCAAGAGUCCACAGUCCAAGGAUCUUAUAAAGGAAGCCAUCCUUGACAAUGACUUUAUGAAGAACUUGGAGCUGUCGCAGAUCCAAGAGAUUGUGGACUGUAUGUACCCAGUGGAGUACGGCAAAGACAGUUGCAUCAUCAAAGAAGGAGAUGUGGGGUCGCUGGUGUAUGUCAUGGAAGAUGGUAAGGUUGAAGUUACAAAAGAAGGUGUGAAGCUGUGCACGAUGGGUCCAGGAAAAGUAUUCGGGGAGUUGGCUAUUCUUUACAACUGUACCCGGACGGCGACCGUCAAGACUCUUGUAAAUGUGAAACUCUGGGCCAUUGAUCGACAAUGUUUUCAAACAAUAAUGAUGAGGACAGGACUCAUCAAGCAUACCGAGUAUAUGGAAUUUUUAAAAAGUGUGCCAACAUUCCAGAGCCUUCCUGAAGAGAUACUCAGUAAGCUUGCUGACGUCCUUGAAGAGACCCACUAUGAAAAUGGGGAAUAUAUCAUCAGGCAAGGUGCAAGAGGGGACACCUUCUUUAUCAUCAGCAAAGGAAAGGUAAAUGUCACUCGUGAAGACUCGCCAAGUGAAGACCCAGUCUUUCUUAGAACCUUAGGAAAAGGAGAUUGGUUUGGAGAGAAAGCCUUGCAGGGGGAAGAUGUCAGAACAGCAAACGUAAUUGCUGCAGAAGCUGUAACCUGCCUUGUGAUCGACAGAGACUCUUUCAAGCAUUUGAUUGGAGGAUUGGAUGAUGUUUCUAAUAAAGCAUAUGAAGAUGCAGAAGCUAAAGCGAAAUAUGAAGCUGAAGCUGCUUUCUUCGCCAACCUGAAGCUGUCUGAUUUCAACAUCAUUGACACCCUUGGAGUUGGAGGUUUCGGACGAGUAGAGCUGGUCCAAUUGAAAAGUGAAGAAUCCAAAACCUUUGCAAUGAAAAUUCUCAAGAAACGCCACAUCGUGGAUACGAGACAGCAGGAGCACAUCCGCUCGGAGAAGCAGAUCAUGCAGGGGGCUCAUUCCGAUUUCAUAGUAAGAUUAUACAGAACAUUUAAGGACAGCAAAUAUUUGUAUAUGUUGAUGGAAGCUUGCCUAGGUGGAGAGCUCUGGACCAUUCUCAGGGAUCGAGGUUCAUUUGAAGAUUCUACAACCAGAUUUUACACAGCAUGUGUGGUAGAAGCUUUUGCCUAUCUGCAUUCCAAAGGAAUCAUUUACAGGGACCUCAAGCCAGAAAAUCUCAUCCUAGACCACCGAGGUUACGCCAAAUUGGUUGAUUUUGGCUUCGCAAAGAAAAUAGGAUUUGGAAAGAAAACAUGGACUUUUUGUGGGACUCCAGAGUAUGUAGCCCCAGAGAUCAUCCUGAACAAAGGCCAUGACAUUUCAGCCGACUAUUGGUCACUGGGAAUCCUAAUGUAUGAACUUCUGACUGGCAGCCCACCUUUCUCAGGCCCAGAUCCUAUGAAAACCUAUAACAUCAUAUUGAGGGGGAUUGACAUGAUAGAAUUUCCAAAGAAGAUUGCCAAAAAUGCUGCUAAUUUAAUUAAAAAACUAUGCAGGGACAAUCCAUCAGAAAGAUUAGGGAAUUUGAAAAAUGGAGUGAAAGACAUUCAAAAGCACAAAUGGUUUGAGGGCUUUAAUUGGGAAGGCUUAAGAAAAGGCACCUUGACACCUCCUAUAAUACCAAGUGUUGCAUCACCCACAGACACAAGCAAUUUUGACAGUUUCCCUGAGGACAAUGACGAACCACCACCUGAUGACAACUCAGGAUGGGACGUAGACUUCUAAUGUAUUUCUCUUACCUGCUUCUGCCUUGCUGAAGACAGCUUUUCCUGAGACACAGCUGCCAGCAAACCUGAAGGAAAGAGAGAAGAUUAGUGCUCGGGGUCACCAUGAUGCCUUUGAUCGAUGCUGCUCCAGUAACUACAGUGGCAUUAGGACUUAUUGCUUAGAUGACAAUAGUGCUCUUUACAUGUUUUCUGUUUGAACCUAAAAAUAGCAGUUGACAUGGUGGUCCUGAAGCAAAGCCUUUCACCAGUAAAGAAAUGUUUCCUAUUGUUGCGAUGAUCUUGCUUUGCUCUGAUUAUAAUUUGAAAGACUGUAAGAAACACUUCAAAGAGAGUCAGUACCUUGCUAGAAUUAUCAAGAAGAUCAAAAAAUAAUAUAUUGGGUACGAUAGAUUAGAUUACUGUGGUACAAAAACUGGACUCUUCCCUUUCUUCAAGUGAGGGGUGUAGACUCUAUUACUGCAAGCUGGUGUAAAUACCGUAUACAAGAGGACCACACAUCUGCUGGUCACAGAGUUCAUGUCAAACCAGUGCUAGAAGUUUCAUGAUUUUCUUUCCCAGCAGUGCUGAUGACGAGACUGAAUGUUACCUUUCCUUUCUGACAGAUUUUAAAAAUUGAUAUGAUAAAAGCACAACUGCUAUGGAUUCUGCUGAGAACUCUCAUAGCAGGUAUAUAUGUGUUUUCACAGAGGACUGAAGAACACAACAUGCAUGAUCUUUGUUUCUUUUUGAUAAAUUGGCAUGACAGAGUGGAAAAAAAGCAAUUCACAAACCAUUUCAUAUUUUUUAAAAUAGUGUGCUUAAAGAUGGUCCUGGAAAUAAAUGACUAGCAGCCAAUUGGUUUUUAUUUAUCUAACACACCCUCAAACUGAGGCUUAAAGUAUUCCCUUUUAUAAAAAUAAACCCUUAGGGUGGGGUGGGUGGGAGAGGGAUUAAGAUCCAUCCAAAAAAAUAAAAACUAUAUAGAGGUGCUAUGUAUAUCUUUCAUCUGUAAAUGUCAGUGUCUAAACAGACCACACAAAUUCUAAUCAUUACAUGUGUAGCCAGAGAAUCAAGCAUUUUCACUAAAUUUAUCAAACCAAACUUCUGUCAGAUUUCACUUAUACAACAUAGUCUAGGGUUGAGGGAGAAAGGUGACUAAACAUAUAUUUGAACUAGCUUCUUGUCUUAGGCCUGAACCAAGAAAACAAAAAAGAAAGCAAGCACAAAAUCAUUAAGAUUCACCCGAUGAGAACCCUUACCUAUGUGAGGUCAGGGAACAAGACAAGAACCUGGUCAGGUGUGAUUACCUUUUUGUCAAUGGGCAAUGAGUCUAUUAGCAUGUGAAAGGAGGAAAGGAGUAGAAACAGGAACCCGAUUUCUUAAAAGUAAAUUGGAGCUAAAUAGAACAGAAAUACUACAAUUCUGAAAUAUCAGACUAGCGAGGAAAGACCAGAUUUGAAAUAUCGAAUUGAUUUGCUUUUUCACAUGGGGAAAAGAAUCAGCAAUUUAAACUGAGUCCUUUGUUGGCAGGCCAGUUGACAAUUAUUAGCUGUCAAAAGUAGCACAGCCAUUUGGAGCUCUUCCUGGAUAAGUAACAUUGUACCUCCUUAGACAAAUGUAUAAUUUUAUGAGCUGUCGUCCUGAUUUGGAACUGUAUAUGAACAUGGCAUAUUAAACAGAAGUUUGCUCUUUUCCAGUAGAGAGUGUUUUAAAAAGUCAAUCAAAUAUAGACAGUUCUGCAAAACAUAUGUCCACCGAGAUUAUAUAGUAUCCAAGAAGGCAUAUAUUAUGAUUUUUGUUUGAAUUUUUCAUACCAAGACUACUUUAGAAUAUGAUAUGUUAUCAAAAUAUAAAAAUCUAAGAAACAUUUGGAGAAUAAAAGUAUUAAGGGCAUAUUAUAUAUAAUUAGAAUAAAUUUAAAUGAAAAUUUUGAUCCUAUUAUUAUUAUUCUUGUAUUAUCGGAUUUUCCCCUCCCUUACAAUUUCUCAAAAUCGAACUAUUCCUCAAAAUACUCACCUUCUUCUACAGAUUUUAGAAUAUAAAAUUAAAAAUAUCAAGUUAAAAUCCAGCUAUGAAUGCUACUUCAGAAGUUUAAUAUUGCUUUUAAUUGGGCUUUUAAAAAUAUAUAAUUUCAAUGUUAUUAGUCAAUGUUCAGUGAUUUUUUUUUUAAGACAGUGGUGUAGGCAUGCUAAAGGUUUGCUAGAAUAUUAAAUUCACCUAGUCAUUUUAAGUAAGAGAAUCUUCUCCUGCAACUUUUUAAAUAUCCCAAUAGCCCCAGAGAUUAGCACUUACUGUGGAUUUGGAACUACAGUUCAAGUCUAAGACAACCAAUAUGUACAAGUUCUGUAGAGAAUGAAGAAGCAGCAUUCAGCAUAAUGUAACUGUAGGUCAUUUCUCCCACUUGUUAUUGCAUCUUUGUUCAUUUCACCUGUGGCAUUGCAUUAGGAUGUCUAAAGCAAUCACCAAGAAAAUAAAGGUGAACUACAUCUUUCAAGAAUUACUAAGAGAAAACAUUCAUCUAAUUUUCAACAUUGAAUUUUAAGGAUUUAAAUCUUGUCUUAAUGAAGACACUAGGGCUAAAAUUCAUGGUCAGCUUCAUAAAAAGCACAUCUCACUUUAUUUCUGAAUUUUUCAUGCCCCCUCUAUUUUCUUUCACUAAAGAACAUCCAUAUAAGUUAGAAUAGCGCCAACUUGUUUGAUUUGUUAACUGACUUUCUUGUUAAUACUUCAAGUAUGGGAAAUAAGGGCUUUCUGUGUGUCUUGACUCACAGGAAAACUGAAAACUGCCAAGGAAAGGAGCAACGUAACACUUGAGAUAGAUUGAAUACAUUAGGGAAAGUGAUUUCUGGAAAUUUGCUAUGAAUGAUAUUUGUUUGUACCUUCUUUGUUAUUAAUAUAGGAAUCAGAUCCAUGUGGCAUUUAAAACAAAUUUAUUUUGAUUAUAUUCUUUACAAAUCAUAACUUUUACUUAAAAUUAUGGGAUAUGCAUGUGAAUCACACAUGUAUAAUAUAUAAAUUCAACUAUUGAAUUUUUCUUGUCUCAUUUCUAAAAGACUGAACUGAUGGUGAACUUAAAUUUAAAGAAGUCAGCUACCACACCGAAAAUAAGGAUAUUAGAACUGAUUUCAUACAGUAGAGGUGAUUUGUGCAUUAUCCAUAACAAUGUUUUCUUUCACAAUAGGACCACAGACAAAUAUUUAUGUAAAUAGGUAUUUUUGUGUGAUAUUUUGUGGUACAUGUAACUUUUUUUAGUGUUUCACAGCAUUAUUAUUUCAUUUAAUUUGUACUGAAUAAUGUUUUUAGGUCCAAGUAGACUUGAAUUAAUGUCAUACUUGUCAGUAUUAUUGAAAAUUAUGUCAACUGUACUGUUUAUCCAUCUGUCCCAUAGUUUAGAACAUGACCUGGCUAUCUGGCAUUGUUGCAAGUGCCUUAAAUUCAUGGCAUCCUAUUAAAAAAACAAAUUUGGUGUUAUGCUGCAUGACAAAGACAAACACACCUCAAAAUGUUGUCCUUUCUUAGCUUGCUGUGUUUUACAGUUCUUUCUGCUAACAAUUUAUAAGCCUUUAUUACAUAAUAUUGAUGAAUUACAGAAAUGAUGAAGUUGUUCUCUUAUUUCUGUUAAAUGUACCAGAGCUGUGUAUCUGUUAAUGAGAUACAGCGUCAUUUCUGUGAAAUGUAUAAAUGUAUGUGCAGGUCAAAUUAAUAUAUGACAUACUAUCAGUCUGUAUACAGGUAUUCCUGUUUUGCUAAGCUGUGCAGAUUCAGUUAAAAAAAUUAGUGCAGUCAAGUUCUAAAAUAUCUCAUUUUGUAGACUCCAUUAACAACAGUCCAACUCAAAAGAAAAAUUGGAAAAUGACUGCUAACCAAGCCUCGUCAUGAAACCAAUGAUGAAAAAGUACCUUGGUGCACCACUCAACAAAACAGGAUGCUUUCUCUGAGUUCUUGUAUAUGCAAAUCACUUAUAAGGCAAGUUUUCAACAGACCUAGAAAGCUAAACAUUGAAAGUGUGUUGUUAGCCCUCCUCUUUAUCUGCCCCUGCAUCAACAGACAGAGCUCUGGGACCUUGACAGUGACUCAGAGGUUUGGACUUUCCGAGUAAAGGGACAUUUCUUGAAGCAUCAUCUAUCAAAUUUAUUUCAACGUAUGAUGUUUUUACAACUGCUCAGUUCUUUUAUAUUCUUACAGCUAUGGUUAUUUGAUUGUCCUCUUACAAUUCGUUCUACAUGAAAGAGUCCUUUGUUAGUCAGAAUGCAACAACUGUCAUCAAAUGGUCACUGACCACUUGCACUCUUUUGAUGUAGAUUAAAAACUUUUUCAUAAACUUAACCUGCUUUGAUUUGCUCUGUAUUUUUCCUGCAGCUGUAAUUGCCGAGUGCCUGUUGUAUACUUUAUAGAGUUGAAAUAAAAAAAAUAAUUACUUUUGAA